UACGCUUUCGAGCAGCAUAAUGUCAACAAGAGGUGCCUUUGCCCGCUUUGCAGUUUUGGUAACAGCGGCGGUCUUUGCACUGCUCCUCCUUUUGGGGGCAUUACAGCGCACGGAUGACCUGAAGCCCACCACUGCCUUGGGUAAAUAUGGAGGCAGUAGUGAAGUAGUGAUGAGUGCAGGAGGAAAGGUAACCCCGCCACCUGUUCAUCAUUUGGAGGAGCCCAUGAAAGAGGAGCUGGUGCGUCAGUUGGAGCAGGAAUUGCCCGAGGUGAACUAUGGUUUCUGGUACCAUUGGGCCAAGCCCAUGGGCUACAAGGCGAACAAAACAUGUGCUCCAUAUCCCGAUCCACUGGACUUGCAGCUGCACAACAUUUACUGGCAAAGUUUUGUGAACUCGAAUGUGACCUUUCGUUUGUAUGCUGCCUAUUUGGACAAGAGAAAACCGCUGAAAUUGCCCACGGUUAGGAUUUUGGCCACUGCCAAUCAGAUUGGCGACGCAUUUCCGCCUACCCAUUGCCAAUUGUGGUUCGAGGGCUAUCGAGAGCCUGUCUUCGUGGACGUUUCCGAAUAUCUCACUGUGUGGGUGAAGGCGUGGGGUUUUAAACGCAAUCUAAACUACCCGCACUUGUUGAGUUGCCCCGUGCCCAGGCACCCGGCGGCGAUGAAUUCAAUGCCGAAAACAGUUUCGUUGGUUGUCAAACGUUGCGAUAGGGCCAGUAACUCCCUGAGGGUUAACCAUGCAGAGCCACCUUUGACCUCUCAGAAUGCCACACACACACCCAAGGAUCAAAAUGCAACCCUGAACUUUGGAGUCUGCGUCAAGGGUUUCGACUUUCCCUAUUUGGAUCUAUCUGAACGAUUGAUCGAGUGGUUCGAGUUGCAGAGAUUAUUGGGUGCCUCGAGGAUAUAUGCCUAUAUGUACGAUGUGCAUCCGGCGGUUCAGCGCGUUCUGGACUAUUACCAGCGGACGGGAUUCCUGGAGCUGCGACCUUUGACCCUGGCCAACGGAAUGCCCCGGCUGAGGCACUACCAACACAUGUUGCUGCAACAGCGAAAGCUGGAGAAGCGGCUCAACGAGCUGAUACCCUACAAUGAUUGCUUCUACAGAAACCUGGAUCGUCACGAUUAUCUGGUUAACGUGGACGUGGAUGAGGUGAUAAUGCCCAAGGGUGAGAAUCGCAAUUGGCAUCAGUUGGUGCAAAAGGCGCAUGCCAUGGAGACUGAGAAGGGCGGCACAUGUGCCGGUCGCUUUCCCGCACUGUGCUUCAGAAACUCCUACUUCACCAAAGUGGUGGCCGAGUUGAGCAAUCACGAGGAGCAGGCCACUGCCGGCGAGCUGUUUGUGCUGCAGCAUACGCAGCGAUUUAAGAACUACUCCCUGCCCGGCAGAGCCACCAAGUGUUUCCACAAUUCGCGACUUUCGUUGACACUACACAAUCACUUUACGCUUAAGUGGCUACCCGGUGGCUGUAAUCCGCGCACCCUCGAAAUUUCGGUGGCCCAAAUGCAGCACUAUCGCGAACCGGAUGGGAAAUAUAACCUAACCGAUCUGGUGGAGGAUCGAACUGUGUGGAAGUUUGCCGGGGAACUGCGCGCCGCUGUGGAGUAUGUGUGGCUCCAUCUGGACGAUGUGCUGCUGGCCCAGUUUAGCGAUCCCGAGGAGCAGCAGCAGUUGGAGGACUCGCUCGACCAGGACGGCGAAGAGCUGGAGCGGGAGCAACAGCCGCUCCAGCAAGUCGUCCAGGUUCCAGCGUUGCCCGUACGUUAGUUUUAGUUUUGGUGAUAGUAUUUAUUUGUGUUCGGUACUUGAUGGUUUCUGGGCUGCAACGUCCUUUCCUUAAUAUGUUUGUCCGUCUGAUAAUAAGUUUUUCAGCUGGGGGUAUAUGGUAACAUAGGUAGGCUAUGUGAUGCUGAUCACUCCAAGUCAAACCCACAACAAUUACGUUGAGCUUUAUUGUUACAUCGCCAAUCCAAAUGAAGUUUGCUUUUAAUAUUUUUUCCAAACCAAAAACAUUUCAAGUGUGAUAAGUGUGUACUUUUUAUUGUUUAAUUGUGUUGAUAAAGGCACUGUCAUGUGACAAUUUUGAUACUGAACUGAUCUAUAGUUUGUUUGUCCGUCUGAUUUGAACAUUUGUAUAUGCACAUUUUCAGGAAAGUGUUCAAUUUUCAUUCAUUCAUAUAUAUCUAAAAACAACCAUAAACAAUAAGAUAUUUUCGGAAAAGUUUACGCUCUAUCAACCCCACACUCAGAUGCCUACCUAUUCAUUUUAAUUAGAAUAUUGACUCACGAAACCAAAGGAGUAUUGGGCAUUUGAUAGUCGAAAAACCGACUAUAUACAUUUUUUUUUGUUUAUUUAUUAUUUGUGACAAAUAUACUCAGUAUGUUUAAAAGUGA